AUGGUGGGUGACAUCGAGAUGAACUAUAAUCGACAAUUUUGGAACGACAAUCGCGGUUUUAAUGAGCAAUAUCCGAAUUUCUUUGCAUCGGAAAGCGGAUCGCCGAGCGCACAAGGUCUUCAGUCACCACUCGCAAAUCAAUUCGCUCAAAUCAAUCCGUCUUUGGGAAAUCAAGCUUGGCCGUUUCCGGAUUUUUACGUUGGAAACUCGCCUAUGGUACAAUACAACCCGACAACCACGAAGAAGUCGUCUAGCGGACGCAAACCGUCAGCGAUGAUUGACGUCGACGAUGAGGACGAUGAGAAGCGCAUGAAACGACGUCAGCGGAAUAAGGAGGCGGCGGCGAGAUGUCGACAGCGACGAUUGGAUUUGAUGGCCGAUCUGCAGAAGCAGGUCGACAAUUAUCGUGCGCGGAAUAGACAACGCGAAACCGAACUCGAGAAUGUUCGCAAGCAGAUCAAUGCUCUUCAGAAUUUCAUCAGCACUCAUGAUUGCAAGAUGAGUCCUGAGCAGAAGAAAGCCUUGCUCAGCAACAUCGCCAUGAUUCCGCCGCCAACCCACCUCGUCAUGCCGCAGCCGCCAAUGCCGAGACGGAGUGAUUCGGCGAUGAUGUCGAUCGUUUCCGGAUCCACCGGAUCAAGCGGUCAAUCGUCGCCAACUGAGGAUUAUAAGCCGACGAUCGAUCAGCUCAAACAGCUUCCACCAAUCGCGUCAAUCAAGCGUCCGGCUCCACCAGUAGCUCCGCGCAAUGAGGAUCGAUUUGUAGAGCCGGAGCCGAAGAUCCCGAAAAUCGAGCAUGAUCGGGUUCUGGCUUCGCUGGCGUCAAACACAGCGGAUGACGUCGAACGUCCAUCUACACUUCCAAUGCUGCCAAGCGCGCCCACAUCGACAGCAAUCACAACUCCAAGCAGACCAUUCCAAAUGCCGGCUCUUCCGUCAACGGCGACAACGACAACUGCAAAAGAGCACAGCCUAUUCUCGCCCUCGUUAGGUGAGUGGAGAUUUGCUUUCGAGCAACACUGGCCUCACUCCUUCAGGCCAGCCGACAAUGAAUUUUGUGCCAACGGCCGUACCGAUGCCUCACCAUACUUCGGGCUCCGAUCUCCACCAGCUAUGAGUCCAUGGGACUCGUACGCUUAG